UGCGUGGUUAUGUGUCAACAUUUAUACGCAUUGUUUGUGAACGUCCUUCUCCUUACAUUCGGCGCAUCUAUGUGCUGUCUUUAGCGCAAAGCUAGCAGCACAACACGUGAAAGCAGCCAGAUCUGUAAGGUUUCCACAAGUAUUCCAGUAUCGGACCCUUGGUACACCUUCCGAUCCGCGGAGCCCAACUCGCUGCACUUCGCGGCCGGAGAAAGCUUCUCCUGGAGAGGAGCAACGAACGCUGGUGGCUGGGGUCAGCUGACAGGAUUAAAGCUCCACGCAUCCACGGGAAAAGGCAUAUAUUAAAAGGAGCACAGCUGACCCGAUCACCCACUUCCCCUCCCUCUCCCUCUCACCGUGCUGCCUCCUCUUCCUCGCUAAGACCAUGGAGGAGGUCACCAAGGUCACAGAAACCACACAGGCCCCGCCACCUCUCCUGGAACGGCAGGUUCGCCAGCGACAGCCCACAGUUUCAGUCCUCAAAUCCAAGCUGAAGCAGAGUGUGACUUGCUCCGUGCCCAAAGUCCGAUCCACCCUGACCGGGUUCUUCCCUGUGGUGCGCUGGCUGCCUAAAUACAAGCUCCGAGAGUACAUCUGGGGCGAUGUUAUGUCCGGGGUGAUCGUUGGUAUCAUCUUGGUACCGCAGGCCAUCGCCUACUGCCUGCUGGCAGGAGUGCAGCCCAUCUAUGGUUUAUACACCUCAUUUUACGCCAACAUCAUCUACUUCCUCAUGGGGACGUCCAGACAUGUCUCCGUGGGGAUCUUCAGCCUCAUGGGCCUCAUGGUGGGACAGGUGGUGGAUAAGGAGAUGUUCCUGGCAGGUUUUGACCUCAAUGAGGACUCCACAGUGUAUGGCCCUGAUGUGUUUAAUGCCACACUGGACACUAACCUCACAGCUGCUAAACUUCACAGUGUGGAGCUAAUGGGUCAGCAGUGUGGGAGGGAGUGUUACUCAAUCAGCAUCGCUGCUGCCCUUACAUUCCUGGCUGGCGUCUACCAGGUCCUGAUGGCUGUAUUUCAGCUAGGCUUCGUCUCUGUAUACCUUUCGGCUCCUAUGCUUGAUGGGUUUGCCACAGGAGCCUCUUUCACCAUCCUGACCGUGCAGGCUAAAUACCUGUUGGGUCUAAAGAUUCCCCGUCACCAGGGCUACGGCACAGUUGUCGUCACCUGGAUCAACAUCUUCGCCAACAUUAAUGAGACCAACCUGUGUGACCUCAUCACUAGUGCCAUCUGUAUCUCUGUAUUAGUGGCAGGGAAAGAGAUCCAGGAGCGCUACAAGGAUCGUCUAAAAAUCCCUCUGCCAACUGAGCUGAUAGUAGUGGCAGGAGCUACACUGGCCAGCCAUUUUGGGGAACUGAACAGCCGUUACAGCUCCAGUGUUUCAGGUCACAUCCCCACAGGGUUCAUUCCUCCUCAGGUGCCCAGCUUUUUUCUGAUGUCACGAGUGGCACUAGAUGCCAUUCCUCUGGCUGUCAUUAGUUUUGCCUUCACGGUGUCGCUGUCUGAGAUGUUCGCCAAGAAAAACGGCUACUCGGUUCGUCCCAACCAGGAGAUGCUGGCCAUCGGCUUCUGUAACAUCAUCCCCUCCUUCUUCCAUUGUUUCACCACCAGUGCAGCACUGGCAAAAACCAUGGUGAAGGACUCAACAGGCUGCCAGACUCAGGUAUCGAGUCUGAUCAGCGCCGUGGUCGUCCUUCUGGUCCUCCUCUUCUUCGCACCUUACUUCUACGCUCUCCAGAAGUGUGUUCUUGCCUGUAUCAUCAUUGUCAGCCUUCGAGGGGCACUGAGAAAGUUCAAGGACGUCCCGGGGAAGUGGCGUGCCAGCCGUAACGAUGCCAUCGUUUGGCUGGUCACCAUGUCUGCCACAGCUCUAAUAAGUGUGGAGCUGGGCCUCCUGGUUGGAAUAGUUUUUUCCAUGAUCUGUGUCAUCUUUAAGACCCAGAACCCUAAGGUCUCUCUCCUGGGCCGGGCCAAUGACACUGAUCUUUACGAGGAUGUGGACGAGUACAAGAACCUCAUGCCGCCGCCUCGGGUUCAGGUCUUCCGCUUCCAGGCUCCCCUGUACUACGCCAACAGGGACUCAUUCCUCAAGUCCCUCUACAAAGCUGUCGGAGUUGAACCUUUCUUGGAGCUGACUAAGAGAAGAAAGGCAGAGAAAAAGGCCAAAGAGAUGUCCUCGAAGCAGGCCAAGGCAAAGGUGGAUAAAAAUAACGGAGAGGUUGUUAUUGGACUAGUCCAAAGGGAACUGGAUUUCCACACAAUAGUUUUAGACUGCUCUGCCAUCCCCUUCAUAGACUCGACAGGAAUGGCCACAUUUAAAGGGCUGGUCAAAGAAUAUAAAGAGAUCAGGGUGAGUGUGCUCUUCGCCAACUGUAACACCUCAGUCAUUGACACCCUGCAGAAGGGACAAUUCUUUGGGAAGAAUGACAAAGAAAUGAGCAGCCUGCUGUUUCAUACAGUUCACGCUGCAGUUCUUCAUGCAAACAGUACAUUUGCAGCAGCAGAAAGCAGGUCAGAAGACUCUGUGGUGUAGAGCAGCUGGAAGAAGAAGGGAAUAGUGAUAAUGUUGUGGUGUGUUUCAUUUCUCCUUUUCCUUUCCAUUGUAAACCUAAAAGUGAAUUUAGGUAUGUUGUCUUGCCAUCUAUAACAAUACUGCAUUAGGUAGCUUUGAGGUUGCCUUUUAGGAAGCUUUGCCCAAGAAAAGAUGGGGGUACCAAGAGAAUCCAAUCAAGUAAUUUUUUGAUGCUUUGCACCCUUAAAUAAACACACCACAACGUGCUUUCUUUAAAGCAGUUUUCCAAGAUUUAAAAUGCAAUUUCACUGCUGGAAAGAGGGCCAUUUCAUAAAACUAGUAGUAGAUAAAUUGUUUUUUAAACUGGUGCCCUAUGACUGGAGAAAACUGAGGAAAAAGGGUGUCAUAUUCCCUAUUUCUCUAAAGGGGAAAAUCCUUCAACAACCAGGAUCCAUUGCUCAUGGUGCCUUCCAAGGCCCCUCUCAGGCCACUCCUUUAUUGGUAGAGAAGCUGCAGAGGCCUCUUUCUCCUCCAUACAUUGCCUAACUCCACCGGGCUCACAAGUAGCCCUGAAUAUCAGAUUCCAACAUAUUAUAAAACUAUUUUUUCCCCAAAUACACUGGUAUUUUAAUAUUCGUUUUUCUUUAUAAGUAGCAAGAAAACAAUAGGGCAGACAGAUCUGCUCAGAUCUGAUGAUUCACCUGACAGACACGUGUUUCGAAAAUAGACACCCUAUCUGCAAAGGUGGAACAGUUAACACAAACCAUUGUAACACAAUUAGCGAGGUUGAGUUAGCUGUGUCAUUAUGUUAAGCUAGUAGACAAGGCUAGGCUAGGCUCAGUGCCAAGCUAACAGGGUAGCAACAGAGGCUUCCCCCUAACACUAAGAUUGUUUUGAAAAUAAAAAGCAGCAAGUCUAAUAUGAUAUGGACUCAGCACAGGGAGAGUAACAGAGUGGAUAAGUAGAAGAGUGAAGAUUAAGGAGAGUGAGGAGAUUAGAACACAAAAUGGGAGAAAGAGUAGACAGCGGUUGUCAAUCUCACUGAAAUCUCAAUGCGCGUAACGAGAAGCAGCAUCAUAUAUGUACUUCCCACAUUAGAAUAAUAGGAAUCAAGUAGAAAAUCAGUGAAGUUGACCUUUAAAUAAAAGUAAAAUGGAGGUAAGGUAAAGAAAGCCAGCAAAUAUAUUCACUGAUCAGCAAAUACUACCAUGGCUGACAAAUGGCUUCAAAUUGAUUACAUUUUCCACUUAUAAAAGUGGAAAAUUUAAACAUUUUAAUAUGACAAAAAGUUAUAAAGGCAAAUUUUACAGCCUGCAUAGACCCAUAUAGUCCAUAUUUGUUGGUUGACUCAGUAGCCACAUUUGUUGCACCUUUUGUUGCUACAUAAUUCUGCUUCAAAUUCAGAAAUAAAUAAAGAAAAGGACAAAUGAUUGCAUUAUAACUGCGUGAUUUCAGGUUGGACGGAAUUUGUGGUAGAGCUACUCAAUCUGUAAUGAACUAUGCCAAUUGUGGUCACUUAUCUGUUGCCUUCUCUCAUUAACUUUCCUUCUGUACUUUCCUCAUUUGCCCCAAAUAACUUCCUAGCUGGACACAGUUAGUAGGGAAGUUAGUAGGAAAGAAAAGGAAAUGAGCAGUAGGAAAGACAUUUACUAUUUAGUAACACACUUUACUAUAUCAAAAGCAAUUUUUAUUGCAAUGAAAGCUGUUUGAACUUUUUUAUAUCACUUCAAGCCUUUGGCCAAAUUUCAUAUUGGCUCGUAUCCAGGAGUCCAGAGUUCAGACAUGGAGAUUCAGCCACUAUCAGUUGUAUUUCCUGAGGUGCCAACUAUUACCUUGGACCUCAAAAUCAUGUCUAAAAGGCGGGAAGCUUUACAUGACUCACGAGUGCUUUUUCAGACUCAGUCUCACACAGACAGCCUUGCCUUCCAACCAGGGCUCAUUACAUCAUACCUGUACUCUUGACCUGUUCCCUGGUCACCCCGCAAGAACAGAUAUACGAUCUGUUCUUGUAAAAUAAAGGAUUUACACACAUCUGAGAUCUCUUAUCAGGUGCUGGAUGAAAGCAAGCCAUCAUAUGAAGCUUCUGAAAUUUAUAUUUUUUCUGAGUAAACUGAUGGUAGCAGGUGAUGCUGCAUAUUUUGUCAAAAUGGUUUGUUAAAUCAAAUGUUUAUAAAUAAGAGCAGAUUUUGUCUCUGUUAAAUCACUGUUUUUCCUUAUGUCUUUCAUCCUGUUGGUGCCAAGUGGGAAUUUUUUAUUAAAACAAUUUCUUGAAAGUACCCUAACUUCAAAAAGGAGUAAUACUUAAUGUGAACAUGUUCAUGUAAAAAAAGAGAAGGGUUGAUGAGCUGGCAUUGUACAGUAAUAAGAUGUAGACAUUCUUGUAAAUUUAGAACAUUAUCAUUUGUAUUUUCAUACACUUAUUUUGUCAUCAAACUUGUUUCCAUGUAUUAAUUUAACUCAAAUUGUGAUAGUGAUUGCAUCACGUUUUAGGGGAAGUCUGUUAGACAUUCAUUUUGACAGUGUUGACAUUCAACACCCAUAUGCAAAGACUGCCGUAAUUUUCAAUACUUGAAUUAAACAGUUUUUAGUGAA